GUCUUUUUUAUUAAAAACGUUUAAAUUCCAAAAUCCUUCGUACAGUUCAGUUCGGUUUCUAAGUUUUCAAGUUUCUCAGUGAUUGUACGCGACGAUCGUCGUUGUCGCGCGCGUGAACGUGCGAGUGUGUGUCAAGCCGGUGCGCGAUUAUGCGAUUGAAAGUACAAACAGGAUACGGACAAGUCCCAUAGGAUACUGACAUACAAAUUUAUGGAUAUCAUCGAUUUUUAGCGGUACGCUAAAAAUAUCAAAACGGAGCACGGAACGACCGAAUGUGACACUUGAGACUCAGAGAAAUGUUAACGUAAUAAUGUGCGCGUAGUGAAUCGCGAUUGUGACAUCAGGUGACAACAGGCGACGUGAUCAAAGGAGAGUUUCUUACCGAAAUAUUUCGCCAAGAACAACCAACAGCUUCACCGGUCAAGAACGAGAGAGAGUCAACCAAGCGGACAAACACUGCGGGCCGCCCGAAGAAGGAUGCCCUGGAAAGAAAAGUAGUCCCAACGUCAACGAAUUCGUCAAGACGACAGACGCCUCGGUCUAUCUCGGAGAAGGUGGUGACACUAUCAUCCAUUGAGAUGUGAUCCAGAACAUAGGAGGGACACUUAGUAGUUUGUAGUUGGUCCCCAUCUCCCCCCUCUAUCACCCUAUUACCCCACUAGCCCCCUCGUGACUUCUACCACCUACUCUACCUUCCCCUCUCCCCUCGUACACAUGCACGUGUGAUAAUCCACUUCACCGCAACUUAAAGCAACCAUCGGAGCAGCAGCUUCUCUCGAAUACGCCGGCUACUCUACCGCUCGCAACGAUACCGCUCCUCCCUCCCUUUUAAUACGAUCCUAAUGAAUUUUUAUAGCCCGCUUUUCUUCAAACAACGUGCCAUACAACCCUCAGCAACCUGUGAUAUAAUACUCGAUGCCUAAUUUACGUAGACGUAGACAUCUAGUCGAAGACUAGAUCAGACCGAACGUUUCGUCGUCAAAAGAAAACUGCAAUUCCUAAGACGACAAUUUAGCCGAAUCAGAACAAGCAUUUAAGCAUUUUAAUAAGCACGAGGAUUUUAGAAGAUUAUAGUACGAGAAGAGAAAAAAGAAAACGGAAGACGGCGCCGGAGAAUGUCGACGUGCACCGACGAGGCCGAUAAUGCACCCUGCACUCUGUCUCCGGUGCAGGAGGCACCAGUCUCACCAGCGUCCUCCUCUCUGAGCAACCAAAAUCAAAACGAGAACGAGCAAGUCUUGCUGGCGACUAUGCAACCGGUGAACGUGCUCGAUCUGCACGAACCGCCGGCCGUGCAUACGCUCCAUCCCAAGUAUCACCAUCACCAUCAUCGUCACCAUCACCAUCACCAUCAUCAUCAUCAUCACCAGCAGCAACAGCAACAACACAUCCAGGGCAACGAUUCGGAAGACGUGCAGCAGCAGCGCGCCGCAGCUGCGGACGACGUGUCUGACGGCCGCGUGUCGCCUGGCACCGAGGCGGCCGCCAACACGACGCUUGGCGUCGGCGAGCACAAGAUGAUCGACCUGAUCUACAACGACGGGCAAAAGACAGUCAUGUAUACCCACGACAAAGAGAUCAUUUACGAAAAUGAGCACGCGGACCGCGUGCAGGUGGUCGAAUACCCGCCACCACCGCCGUCGCCGCCGUCACCGUCGCCACCGUCGGCCGGUGUCACGAGGACGGCGGGCCUGUUGCCGCCGUCCUGCGUCACACCGAGGUCCGCUGCCACGUCCGCCGCCGCUACUGCCCUGCAUCUGCACCACUAUCCGCAACUGCAGCUGCAACACGAGGACGAUCUGCCGCCGACGGUGCGCCACGCCGUCAACGCGACCGUGCCGAAUGGCGGCGCCGCGACGACCACGACGACGGUUCUUGUGCUGCAGGAGCUCGUCGCGACCGAUCCGGCCGCCGCCGGUGCAGCUGCAGCCGCGCAACAACUGACGCUUACCGCCGCCGCCGCCGCUGCAGCGUCGUUUCGCGCUGGGCGACGCAGUCGCAGCGAGGAGGACACCAACGGUACCGUCGUUAGCGACGACGCACAGCAGCAGCAGCAGCAGCAGCAGCAACAGCAGCAGCAACAAAGUUACGUAUCCGGGCAGCGUGAACCGGAAGAAGAGGAGGAAUUGGGAGCGGAGGAGGCGGCGGCGCAAACCCUGCAGAGCGGUGCCGAGGGCGCCGAUUCGGAAGUUCAUAAGAGGGUCGCCGCGGUGCAGGUGCAGGUUCAGGGUAUGGAGGGCGAUUGGCGCGCCUACUGUGAGCAUCCGCUCUCCGUAGCGACCGCGGCCAUGCUAAACCUUCAGCAGCAGCAUCAGUCGGCGGUAGCUAACCACAACGAUGAUCCUGCCGCGUCCUACGUCUAUGAAUACUACAAGUUGCCCGAGAAAACGGCGGAUGUCAAACUACCGCCCACCCACGAACUCUGGUCGACGGGUGUGAUGGGCCAAAAGUUGCUGGUGCAAGAGGCGCCUGGCUCCGGUUCCGCCUCGACGAAUCGCAUGGAAGGCGGUGAAGGUGCCGGAGGAGGGGAGCUACACCACUUCCUCCAGUACAACCAGCAAUCUCACAGUCCUAGCCAGAGCCUGCAGGGUGGCCUUCCGCUUCCGCUGAGCCCACAACCCUUGCGACACGACGGUGCCUCGAGCGCCGGCAUCGUCGGGGUCAAGAGGGAACCAGAAGAUCUCAGCUCGUCACGCGGAGGCCAACAACCCAGCAAACGACACAAACAGGCGCAACCCGACAGUCCCACACCACCGGGAAUGUACCAUCAUCAUCCGCAUCAGUUGCAGGUGCAGCAGUACGGCAGCCCUUACGACCCCUACACGUCGUGCAGUCCCAGGUUGCAGUCAACCGCCUACACGUCUACGUCGGCGACCGGAACGGGAAACGCAACGGCGAAUCCGGGUGGCGGCCUCCAUCAGGAGGCGACAACAGUCUACGUCGCCGGUGACGCAUUGCCGCCACUCGCCUCGUCGAGCUCCACAUCCUCGCUGUCCACCACGACUGCUUCGUACACGAGGUACGAGGUCGUGCCGAGCUCAUACGCUACGACACACGCGAUACGCUCGUCGUCGAGUAGCAGCAAGGUCCUGACCGUCGAUCUUCCCAGCCCUGACUCUGGCAUAGGCGCCGACGCGGUGACGCCCAGACAGGAUCAUCAUCCAACCACGGCCCUUCAUCAGUCCUCAUUCGACUAUACAGAAUUAUGCCCUGGCGGAACAACAGCCGGGACAGCGGUAGUUCUCGAAAGUGGUGCGGUGAUACACCAACCCCUGCAAUUACAGCUGCAACAGAGCCACGCACAAGCACAGGUGCAACGUAGCAGCUUAGUGUCCGCUGGUGCGACAAAUCCGAAUCCAAAUCCAAAUCCGCAGAGAUCGCGGCCUUGGCACGAUUUCGGCAGACAGAACGACGCCGAUAAGAUCCAGAUACCGAAAAUUUUCUCGAAUUACGGAUUCAAGUACCAUUUGGAGUCACCGAUCAGUACGUCUCAGCGCCGCGAGGACGAUAGAAUAACGUAUAUCAAUAAGGGCCAAUUCUACGGAAUCACGUUGGAAUAUGUGUCCGAUCCGGACAAGCCGCUGCUCAAGGCAGGGCAGACAGUCAAGAGCGUAGUAAUGUUGAUGUUCCGAGAGGAGAAGAGUCCAGAGGACGAAAUCAAAUCCUGGCAGUUUUGGCAUGGGAGGCAACACUCUGUCAAACAACGGAUUCUUGACGCUGACACAAAGAAUAGCGUUGGCUUGGUGGGCUGCAUAGAGGAAGUCGCGCACAAUGCGAUUGCCGUUUACUGGAACCCACUCGAAUCGUCGGCAAAGAUAAACGUGGCGGUGCAAUGUCUCAGUACCGAUUUCUCGAGUCAGAAAGGCGUGAAGGGUUUGCCGCUGCAUAUCCAGGUCGACACGUACGAGGAACCACCGCCCCACACGCACACGUAUACACCGCCUUCCCAUCGCGGCUACUGUCAAAUUAAGGUCUUCUGCGAUAAGGGAGCUGAGAGAAAGACCCGGGACGAAGAGAGACGCGCGGCUAAGAGGAAGAUGACAGCGACUGGCAGAAAAAAGCUCGACGAGCUUUAUCACCCCGUUACGGAGCGCAGCGAGUUUUACUCCAUGGUCGAUCUGCACAAACCGCCUGUACUGUUCUCCCCACCGGCCGAGCACGCUAUCGAUAAGUUCUCGACGAUGGAGUUGUCGGGCUUCUACGGUGGUGGCGGCGGCGGGGGAGGGGGUGACACCGACACCUCGUCCCUCAGUAAUGGUGAAGGUGGAGGAUUGAAGGCGGGGGGUAGCAGCCCCUAUCCACCGCCAUGCGCCCGGCCGAGUCUGCCGGCCCUCAAGUUCCACAACCAUUUUCCGCCCGACAAUCUCAGUAACCUGCACGACAAGAAGGACUCGUUGCUGAUGCAGGUGCAGGAGCUGCAGGGCUCGAUGCUGCAGGGGGUGCAGACCGGGCUGGCGGGCACAGUGGUGUCCAGUGUCGGUAAUCGGCUGCACCUACAACAGCAGCCACCGCAUCUACGCCCAGCGGAAGCCGAGGAACGCGUCAUGCUCUACGUGCGUCAGGAAUCGGACGAUGUCUACACACCACUGCACGUCACACCACCGACAGUCCAGGGGCUACUCAACGCUAUUGAGUCAAAGUACAAAAUUGCAUCCUCGAGUAUUAAUAACCUCUAUCGCAAAAACACAAAGGGAAUUACAGCGAAAAUUGACGACGACAUGAUCCGAUAUUACGUCGAUGAGGACCUGUUUCUGCUGGAGGUGAGCCACACGCGGAUCAAUUCGGACACGGGCAGCGAACGCAACCCGAACAAUCCGGGCUCGCCGGGCGACCCUGGCGAUCCGAGUGAUUCUUCCGUCGGAUAUGACGUCACUCUCAUCGAGCUACCUUCAUCACCUCCACAUCUACCACACUCACCCCUCGCCAAUUCCACACAUGCACAUGUGCAUGUUCACGACAACAGUAACACUUGAACCUGACGAAUAAGAAACGUUCGUGUAAAUACGCUACGCAAGCUUGACGAGAACUGAUCACUUGGAUGAAUGAAGGAUCAGCAACAUCUUGCGUUGAAUAAUAACAAUUGCUAAAUAAAUAGCGAAUUUUUUUCGCACCACGUUGAAGAUUCUUUUACUCGAUGAUGUGCCUGCCAAAAAUGGCCAUCGAGAAAGAUCCAAGUAGCAACGUGUUAAUUAUUUUCCAGCAAGAACAAUCGAGAAGAAUCAAGAGGGAAUACAUUUUUGAAGAAUACAUCACCGAAUUUUUACCGAAUUUUCAACGUGAUAGUUCAAAGAAGAAUCGAUGCCACGUUAUUUUAAUCGUAGUGUAACACAGAUUUUAUUGCACAUUUCGGGCAGAUUUCUAUGUGGAUGUUUUAGUGCUAUAAAAAAAUUUAAACAGUAAAAUGUAAGCAGUAAGGAAAUUAACAUGUUGAAUUUGUUAGUUUACGUUUUACUCUCUCUGUUUAAGUUUUUAUGUGCCAUGGUCCUUACUGUUCUCCUCUUGCCGCUCGUAUUUAAAUAAUGAGUUAAUGGAUACUUAAUGUGAAGACGUCGACAACGAAAUAAGCCGAAAAUAUGCAAUUAAAUCUCAACUCUGUAGUAUAAUAUCACAGUCGAAGCCUAUAUUUGAACAGACACAUGUUUUAAAUAAUUAUCGAUACAAUAAUUAUUAACAAAACGUUUACCAAAAAUAAGCGCUAAUAAAUAUUUUUAUGACACUUCAACCCUUU